GAUCCAAUUGUCACUUGCUCUCCCUCCAACAAGCUAAUUAAGGCCGGUCAUCCCUCUUCUAGCUCGUUUCAUUAUCCAUGGCGGAGGAGAAGCACCACCACCACCACCUGUUCCACCACAAGAAGGACGAGGAGCAGCUCGCCGCCGGCGGGUACGGCGAGUCCGCCGAGUACACGGAGGCCACGGUGACGGAGGUGGUGUCCACGGGCGAGAACGAGUACGACGAGUACAAGAAGGAGGAGAAGGAGCACAAGCACAAGCAGCACCUCGGCGAGGCCGGCGCCAUCGCCGCCGGCGCCUUCGCACUCUACGAGAAGCACGAGGCGAAGAAGGACCCGGAGCACGCGCACCGCCACAAGAUCGAGGAGGAGGUCGCGGCGGCGGCGGCCGUCGGCUCCGGCGGCUUCGCCUUCCACGAGCACCACGAGAAGAAGAAGGACCACAAGGAGGCCGAGGAGGCCGGCGGCGAGAAGAAGCACCACUUCUUCGGCUGAUUGAUCCUCCCGUAUCGUCGUCCCUCCCCGUGUGCUACGCGUGCGUGUGAGAGUGAUAUCGAGCGCCCGCCGUGUUGUGCGCGCGUACGUAUGUAUGCGCUCGUGUGAUGCACGAAUAAGCGUGGCUACGUAAUCUAUCGUAUGUAUACGUGUGUGUAUGCAUGUGCUUGUGUAUGAUCGUGGUACGAGGACCGAAAAAAUGUAUGCAACUCUGAUUUACUU